GAAACGAAACUUCCUAAACUAUUCGAAAAAAACCCUUUCUCCUUUCUCGUUCUUCCACUUCCAGUUACCAGCAGUCUGACGGAUCACACCCUGAAAAUCCUCCCAGCGUUGCCGUUUCACUCCAUUCCCAUCGGAAACUUCCAUCCUUCUAGUUUCGGAAUCAUGAAUUCACCAACCAGUCCAAUGUGUUUGCUCUCAGUUAUCAAUCUCUUGAUGCUUUUCCUUUCUGGAAAGGCUAAUGAUGUUUUCUUGAGUUUUAACCACCAAGAAAUUGGCAAGCAUUUUGCCGAUCAUCUCUACAAAGACCUCAAUUAUGCUGGGAUUCGCACUUUUGGAGAUGAUGGUGGAAUUUACACAGGACAAAAGUCUGAUAUCAAGAGAGCGAUACAGGAAUCCAGGAUAUCGGUUGUUGUGUUUUCUAAAGACUAUGCUUCUUCAACAAAGUGCCUGGACCAGCUUGUGCUCAUCAUUGAUGCUAGGAAAACAACUGGGCUCUUUGUGCUUCCCGUUUUUUACAACGUUAAUCCGUCGGAGGUCAGGAAACAGAAAGGGUUGUUUGAAGAAGCAUUUGCUAAACACGAAAAAAGCUUCCAUAAGGAAAUGGCUAGAGUAGAAAGUUGGAGGGCCGCUCUUAAAGAAGCUGCAGACCUGAAAGGAAAGGAGUGGAAACAAGACAGGUAUGAGUCAAAGUUCAUAGAGUCGAUUGUUAAAGAGAUCGCAGAUAAACUCAACUUCUCACUGCCUCACGCCCCUCCGUCCUCGUUACCACUGUCGGCGGCCCUCCGCCCACCUUCAUAUUUUCUUGGUCUUUUACGAGAGUGGAGGAGGUCUGUCUUUCAGACCCCCUCUCUCUUUUUAUUUUUUUUGUCUUUCUGAGAAGUCCCAAUCUAAAAAAUAUUGGGCCCUCUCAGAAAGACAAAAAAAAUAAAAAGAGAGAGGGGGGGCGGUGGGGGUAAAGCAGAAGUGUGUGUGAAUCAAUAGGAACUAAGCACGUGGAUACCUGUCGGCUGAUGAGAACAAAAGGCUUGAAAGAAAGGUCCCACAGCCCACCGACUUUGUCAAAGCAUAGAUGGAUGAAUUAAUUAAAGGAUUGUACUUCAAUGAAUGCUUCUCUCCUUUUUUUUUUUUUUUUGACAAUUUGUAUCUUUGGAUCCAUCCUUAUGAGUGUUAACUUUUUCAAGAAUUUUGAGCUCAAAAUGAGAUGAUGAGAUGCAUAAUCAAAGUCUAAGUGAUCUUUUGACA